GCUUGGUGAUUGUAGAUUUGUUUUCCAGAUGGGUGGAGGCAUUCCCUUGCCGUCGCCCUGAUGCUCUGAGUGUGGCUAAAUGUCUGUUAAAGGAGGUGAUUCCACGAUGGGGCAUUCCAUCUAAAAUCACCACAGACAACGGUCCUGCAUUCAUCGCCGAGAUCCUGGCUAAAUUGUCCCAUUGGAUGCAAAUUGAUUUGAAGCAUUAUUGUGCCUAUCACCCCUCGAGUGGGGGGAUAGUGGAGAGAGCAAAUCAGACACUUAAACUGAAAUUGGCGAAAAUUUCAGAGACGACGGGCCUGCCCUGGGUGGAUGCCCUGCCCCUGGCUUUGUUAUUCAUGCGAGCAAGGACGCACCGCCAAACAGGAUUGGCUCCUUUCGAAGUGUUGACGGGAAGGCCGAUGCGUGUUUUGUCUCCCUCGCGAUAUGUCACACUGGAGACCGUGGAUGGGGAUUUGCUGACUUAUCUUACAGGUUUGCGGCAGGCGAUAGGUGCAGCCUGGGACCAGGUUCGUGCCAAUUGGAGGAAUCCAGAGGGAGAGCUGCCACGAGCUGUGACACCGCUCGAGCCAGGGAGCUGGGUGUUGGUUCGCGACCUGAGGAGGAAAAGAUGGAACACGCCAAGAUGGAGGGGACCCCACCAGGUCUUGAUGGCAAAUUCUGUUAUGUUCCUACGGGCUCCCCCUCUUUCCUACGCGGAUGAUCCUCUUCUUCCCGCCUGGCUCUACGACCCUCAGCCCCAGGUUGUCGUCCAUGCGACCGGCAACGCCAACACCGCUGGUGACUCCUGUUCCAUCCGGCCGCCACCAGCCCGCUUCGACCCGCUGCGCAAUGGUCCGGCGUUUUACUACACUGCGGACUCUGAUUGUUUGUGAACUAUGCGGAUUUCGCAUGUUCAAAAGGGGGGAAUGUGGAAUUAAAAUUGGACAUCGGUAGGCCCGGGAGGUUGGCAUAUUGGGACUGUGUGUGUCUUUAGGCCUUAGGCAAGAAGAGAUUGUUUUGAAUACUGUGUGACCUCGCUUCGAGAUAGCUGCCUGCAGUAAGUUCCGCAGACCCUGAGGAAAGCUCGGGCCUUGGAGAGGCAGACAGCGGAACAAAGGGGGGGGGAGAAACCACUUGCAGGAAGAGAUUUGAAGCUGCCCCAACUGGUGCACAGCGAGUUAUAGCUUUAUAGAAUAGUUGUGGCAAACAAUAUAUAGCAAGCUAUGCGGUAGUGCAAAUGUAUAAAUAAUUGUUAAUCAUACUAAUCAUAUGUUAACCAUGUAUUGGCAGUGAUUCAAUGACAAUACGUCAAUACGUUAAUCAUUAAUCAAAGGACAACUGAGUAUUUACAGUGAUUCAAUGUCAUGUAAUCAAUAUCUAUAUUCAUAUCUCCAGUAGGAGCCUAGCAGUCGAGACAUGUUCUGGUAGACUGAGUAGAAUGGGUGGACUUUACCUCACC